AUGCAGCUGGACCGACCGGAGGAGAUGGCGCGUGUCACGGCGGCGGGCGGCGUGGUGUUCAACUACGGCGGGGUGCUGCGCGUGCAGGGGAUCCUUGCCAAGACGCGCGCGCUAGGGCACAUGCUCCUCAAGCCUGAAGUGAUAUGUGAGCCAGAAAUUACCAUAACUGCAAGGUCGGAGGAUGAUGAUUUCAUGAUCCUUGCAAGCGAUGGAUUGUGGGAUGUGAUGUCAAACACGGUGGCCUGCAGAGAAACCUUGAAAUGCUUAGAAGAUAAGAGCACCAAUGCUGGCACAAUGGUAGGCCACGAAGAAGAGGUUCGGUGUAUAUGCGCUACGUUCCACCUCACGGAUCUCGCCUUCCGUAUGCAUAGCCGAGAUGACAUAUGUGUGGUUGUGAUUGAUCUAAAGAUCAGGGGUUAG